GGCAACCGCUGUUGAAUGUCAUUUCUCGCCUGAGAGAAGCUACCUGUGUUUUAUAAUAUAUACUAGUUAUUUGGAUAGCAAGACUGAAAUGCUUUUAUUUGACUGCUUUAUAAAUAAACACAGCCCACAUCGACUGAGAAAGAAACUGGUUAUCGUCGGAGAUGGUGAAUGUGGCAAGACGUCGCUACUGCAGAGGUUCACCAAGGGAGAGUUUAACGAGCACGGCUACACCCCAACAGUGUUCGAGACUGAUGUCAUAGAUGUGUACCACGACGACAAAGUGGUUGAGUUGCUGCUGUUCGACACGGCAGGUCAGGAAGACUACGACCGACUCCGACCUUUCUCCUACCCCGACACUGACGUUAUUAUCGUCUGCUUCUCCAUCGCCUGCCAAGACAGCCUGGAAAACGUCUCGUGCAACUGGGUGCCGGAAGUACGUCACUUCUUGGGGAAGGUGCCCAUCAUUUUGGUUGGAACCAAGAAAGACUUGAGAGACAACACGGAUGAGUUCAUAAGACAAGGACCACUGAAACACAAAGAAGGCGCCAUUUUGUCGUCACGGAUAGGAGCAGAAACCUACGUGGAAUGUUCGGCAAAGACCGGCGAGGGUGUUACGGACGUGUUCAAUGCCGCCAUCACAGCAUGCACUAAGAAACGAUCAUGGUGGGCACGGUUUCGAAGAAAGAUCUUCAACAAUGUAAAGAUCAAAGCGUGAAAUGACUCUCUCUUUUUUUUGGUGUGUGUGUGUGUGUGUGUGUGUGUUAAAAUCAUACGCACGAAGACCAUGGAGUGAAGAUGCUUUUGCGGAGAACGGUAUUUUCAAGGACACGUAGGAUUUUACUAUGGAGGUGCUCCGUGGUGCAGCUUAUAAAUAUAUAUGUGCGCACCCUCAGCACUAUCCCUUGAGACCUGCACCUGACACUGUAUAUCGACAUCUGUAUAAAUCCAUAACAACACGCUAUGAGAUGAUUUUUACCUUACAAAUGUGAUACAGAGUCGUGUGUUGAUUAAAGAUGUGACGUUGCCAUUAUUGGUAGUGAGUGGGGAAAAAGAACCGGGACAUUUCCAUUCCACAUUUUUAGAGCUUUUUAUAUAUAUCUGAGUAGGCCUAUAAAUGUUUCUUCUAUCACUGACUACUAGUACACGAAUUUAUUUUUUGCAGUAUAUUACAAAAAAAAAAUAAUAAAUAGUUGUGAAUUGUCGAUUUGAUAAUCUUAGAGAUCCCUUUAGAAGUAAACUCGAGCAAUUAGGAAACUUUGUGGAGUUUAGAAAAUCAUGACGUUUUGUUUUCGGUCACAGCCUGUAAACUGUACAGCACCGAUCCUAAACCGCGAAUGGCAGCUGGCCCUGAUAUACAAACAAAGACAAGAGGACAUAUCUAAUUGUUUUAAAAGUGUUUUACAAAUAUAUCUUUACAUGACUGCCAUAUUAUACUUCGUCUGUGAUAAAUGUUGAUUGUAUUUAUAUUUUUCAAUGUUACGUAUUAAAGAUUAUUUUUUUCUA